AUGGAUAAUGUAUAUACCGUUGGUAUGGACUUCACCGGCCCGAUAGGGUAUAUGUUUGCGGUGAAACGCAUCGAAGAUGUGUAUGUCUCUCGCCGUCUUUCAACGCUUGUAAUACCUAUAUAUCUCGAUGAGCUACCUUCAUUCAUUGAUACGCUGGACCGGUUGUAUGCUUGGCGACAACACCACUGCAAUCUCAAGGAUAUUGUUCUCCCGGCCAUCCGAAGUCAAAAGCAAGCCGCACAUUUCGCCAACAUCUGCGGGUCUGAUGAUGCCAGUAUUCCCGGAUCACCAAACAUUUACUUGACACCUACCAAAAAAGCUCAUGGCAGAUUGAUUGAUAAUGACAUCAUUGAAAAUGACGAUGGUGAUGACGCUGAGGAAGACUAUGAUAGUGAUUAA